UUAGAGGUGUCAGGGUUCGUUAAUCCUGGAGGGAGUGACAGACUGCCACUCACGCUGCUCCCGCACACCGCUCCCACUCAUCGGCGGCGAAGGAGAGCCGAGCACAUUUGGUGUUGACGCGCGUCGGGGAAUUUCCCCCUUUUUUAACAAUGGAUACCUGCAGGGUUCGAGCCUGGGUGUUUCUGGUCCUGUUGUGGCAGGGCGGGUAUUUGGCAUCGCAGUUUCCGACACAGCUCAUGAUUAAAGAAUGGGUUGAACAGAUGCAGAAAGAGCUUGUAACCCUGGCAGACUCGGCCACAGCUGGGAAAAGCCUCACUCAGAUUUUUCUGAGAAACCAACACCUGUAUACUGUGGAGCAAAAUGACGCAGAGGAGCUGGUGGCAAGAGCAGCCAGGAAAAUUGAACAGCUGCUGCGGAAGAGGUCUGCUGCCUUGGAGAAACUGGCCACAUCUGCUGAGAUAUUCCAAAUGGAGCAUUCGUGGAAAGACGAUUUUGAGGGUGAUGAAAUGUCCUACUACAACGCAAAGGACAACCUGGAUGCAAAUGAGACAGAGGGAAGAAAAUUUCGGAUUCGACCCGACUUUAAAGAGGACCCAUCGUUUAAGCGUUUGACUGAUCACAACCACACGGCUGUCCACAUCCCCACUGACAUUUAUGAUGGCUCCACCAUUGUGCUGAAUGAACUGAAGUGGUCGGAUGCAUUGGAGGAAGUGUUUAGAAAGAACAGAGAGGAUGACCCGACCCUUCUCUGGCAGGUGUAUGGCAGCGCUACGGGCCUGGCUCGCUACUACCCAGCUUCUCCCUGGAUGGAUGCUCGCAAGACCCCCAGUAAAAUUGACCUGUAUGACGUCCGCAGGAGGCCAUGGUACAUUCAAGGAGCUGCCUCACCCAAAGAUAUGCUAAUCCUUGUGGAUGCAAGCGGGAGUGUGUCUGGCUUGACUCUCAAACUGAUCAGGACCUCCGUCAGUGAGAUGCUGGAGACUCUGUCUGAUGACGACUACGUCAACAUUGUUUAUUUCAACACUAGGGUGAAGAAGUCGGCGUGUUUCGAACAUCUGGUUCAAGCCAAUGUGAGGAACAAGAAGCUGCUGAAAGAUGCUGUUCAGAACAUCACGGCGAAAGGAAUUACAAACUAUACGAAAGGCUUUGAGUUUGCUUUUGAGCAGCUCUCUACGACCAAUGUGAGUAGAGCAAACUGCAACAAGAUCAUCAUGCUGUUCACUGAUGGAGGAGAGGAACGAGCGCAGGCCAUACUAGAGAAAUACAAUGCUGAGAAAAAGGUGAGGAUCUUCACCUUCUCAGUCGGACAGCACAACUACGAUAAAGGACCCAUUCAGUGGAUGGCCUGCUCCAACAAAGGUUACUUCUAUGAGAUUCCUUCCAUCGGAGCCAUCAGAAUAAACACACAGGAGUACCUAGAUGUCCUGGGAAGACCAAUGGUUCUGGCGGACAAACAGGCCAAACAAGUCCAGUGGACUAAUGUAUACCUCGAUGCUCUGGAACUGGGUCUGGUCAUUACUGGAACACUACCCGUUUUCAAUAAAACAAAGACCAGAGAUGACAGGAAUGGCGAGCACCAGAAUCAGUUGAUUCUUGGCGUAAUGGGGAUUGACGUGUCUCUGGAUGACAUCAAGCAGCUCACACCGCGCUUCACAAUUGGUCCAAAUGGGUACUACUUUGCCAUUGAUCCCAAUGGAUAUGUCCUGCUGCACCCCAAUCUCCAGCCAAAGAAUCCUAAAUUUCAGGAACCUGUUACCCUAGACUUCCUCGAUGCCGAACUGGAGAAUGACAUCAAAGUGGAGAUCAGAAGAAUGAUGAUUGAUGGGGACACUGGCGAACGUACCAUUGACACACUGGUGAAAACCCAGGAUGAGAGGUACAUAGACAGAGGAGUCAGGACCUACACGUUCGCGCAGGUUAAUGGAACAGAUUACAGCCUGGCUCUCGCCCUGCCCAGAUACAGUGAACACUUCAUUCAAGCCAAACUGGGAGGUGACAUGAAAAGAACGAUAUCGUCUUCUUGGGGCAAAGAAUCCAUGGAAACCAUACAGCAGGAGAGGUUUGAUGAGUAUGGUUACACCUACAUUGCUCCCAGGUUGUACUGCAAAGAGCUGAAGUUGUCACUCAACAACACCCAGUUUCUCCUCGACUUCAGCCAGCACAUCGAUAACAAUACUACAGAUGCAUGUAAUAUGUCCCUGGUGAAUCGAGUCAUCCUGGAUGCAGGUCUGACAGCUGAACUGGUUAAACUUUGGAACGAGCAGCCAGUGGAUGGAGUCGUGGCCAGAUUUGUCGCCACAGAUGGAGGAAUCACAAGAGUCUUCCCAAGAAGUGCUGGGGAAGAGUGGACUGAGAAUCCUGAGACGUAUGAGUCCAGCUUCUACAAAAGGACCCUGGACAAUAAAAUAUAUAUUUUCACAGCUCCAUCUUUCAACCCAGAGAUCCGGGAGCCUGUUACCGAGUCAGGUAUUCUAGUGAGCAAAGCAGUGGAACUCACGAUUGAUGAAGUCACGCUCAAACCAGCUGUGGUGGGAGUGAAACUCAAUGUCUCCUUCUGGAUGAGCAUUUUCAUGAAUGCUACACUGAAGCUGAAUUGCAAGGAUGAGAUUUGUGGCUGUCUGAGGAAUGACAAGCAUGUAGACUGUGUCAUCCUAGAUGAUGGGGGAUUCCUCCUCAUGUCCAACCACGAUGAGUACAUCACACUGAUAGGUCAGUUCUUUGGCGAGGUGGAUCCUGUGCUGAUGAUCAACCUGGUCAACACCUCCCUGUACUCGUUCAAUAAGACCUAUGACUACCAAUCUAUCUGUGACCCAGAGAAGGACAGCAAGGCUGCAGCCGGACCGCGCUCCGUCUUUGUGCCUACCAUUGCAGACGUGCUCAGUAUUGGCUGGUGGGCCUCCAGUGCUGCCUGGUCGAUACUCCAGCAGCUCCUCUUUGGUCUCAUGUUCCCCAACCUUCUAGAGGCAGUGGAGUCAGCAGACGAUGACAUACCAGAUGCCAUGUUCAAAGAAAGCUGCAUCACAGAGCAGACCCAGUACUUCUUUGAUAAUAAUGAAAGUUCCUACUCAGGUGUCCUGGACUGUGGAAACUGUUCCAGGAUGUAUCGUGCGGAGAAACUGCCGAACACCAACCUAGUGUUCCUGAUCACCGAUGCCAAGGCAACAUGUUUGUCAUGUGACCCCAGGCCGCUGCGGCAGGCUGAACAGCCCUCUGAAGGUCCAGAUCCCUGCGAGCUGGCUCAGAAUCCAAGAUACCGCAAAGGGCCGGACGUAUGUUUCGACAACAAUGAAGACGAAGAUGAUUCUGACUGUGGAGGAGGGACCUGUCUAAGCCUGUGUCUGUGGCCGAUGCUUGGGCUCCAACUACUGCUGCUGUGGCUCGUCACAUCUUUACAGAACUCAUGACCCCAACAAAGACACACACACUCACACACUCACACACUGAUCAUCUCAUCCCAUAAGAGGCCAGAAGGCACUCCAGUCAUGCCAUCCAGGAUGUAUGCAGACUAUUUGCAAAAAUACAUUUUCUUUUAUGACACCAGUAUCAGAAUUUCCAUUGUCCAAUGCCAAAGGGUGCGCGUUCAUUUCCUCCUUGUCAUUUUCAAAAUCAGAGACAUGUUUACUGUGCCCAGCUGCACGCAUUUCCAUGAAAUACUCCUUCAUACCCUCCAAUGGUGCAAGAGUAAGAGCUAACCAAACCCUUUAAUUCUGCCUCAUUUGUUUCUCUGAUUUAUUGAGCAGAGGUUGAAGAGUCCCACUAUGCCAACUAAAUAUCAUUCAAAGUUUGUGUAGUUGUCGACAUUGUUUGUUGCUGACUAUAAUUGCGUUUGAAUCAUAAUGCUGCAAUGAUUUAGUAUUUUUGGCAACCAGUGAAACUAGGAUAUCCCUUUUGUUUGAGUGUUUUUUAAAUGUACGUACAGUACCUAUUUAUUUAAAUGUUUUUUUAAAUUCAAAAUCAACUAGCAUUUUUGUGACUAGUGAGAUGUUGUAUUGUAGCAGCAUGUGCUCAGUACAGAGCUAAAGACAACACCAGUACUCUGACACCAAAGCUCCACACAGACCUACUACAAAGAAUCUUCUGGCUAGUUUAUUUUAAGAGAUUCCUCAGACGUGGGUGUGCAUCAGUAUUCAAGUUACAACUAAAUAAAUAGAUAUAUUCGAAAGCUUGUUGAAAAGUAAGUGAGAUCCUAUGAAUUUAAAUGUUAGCAUAUUACAAUUUCAAGUAUGUUUGUACUUGGUCUGACAGCUUUGGUUGUCUUUGAUGCAUCAGAUUCCCAGUGCCUCCAUAGUAGCUCAAACAGUCUGUUAUCUAAAAGAAAAGGUGGACCAGAGUUGUAUUCUUACAAUAUACAGUAUGCUUCUUUGCAGAGAAGGUAGCCCUUGCAGUAAUAUGUUGUGAAAUGGACCAAAUCUGCUGCAGUUAUUCUCAUUUCUGUGGCUCAGGCAUCAAUAGAAACAACUUAAUUUGUGGAAAAUAUUUUCCUCCGUGGUCAAAACAAACCUAAACCAGACUUGAGCUUGUUUUCCAUCACCUCUGUUUAUUAGUCCUGUUUCUGUUCCCUUUCUGGAUCACCAGACUCAGGAGCCAAGAUGACUUUUGAAUGAGAUCAGCAUAUCAAAAUGACUGUUUCAUUGUUUUCUUCUCCUCCUCGCUGUUCUCCUUAUGCUUGUUUCCUCUUUGUUUUGCUCGAUAAGUGCUGUGAACCAGACGCUGAAGGCUCGGCGUCUUAAUGCUGCAAUGUCAUGGGAUGAGCUUGUUCUGUGUUUGAACGCUGUCGAUGCCGAUGAUCGCCUUCAGGGCCUGUUGGAGAGAACUUUGACAACACACUACUACCAGUGGUAAUUCUGCAUUGCCUUACAUUACCAUUUGUCAUAAAGGUCACACGUUAGUGUUUGUUUUCCUUUUUGAGCUAUUUAAACAAAGUAGAGUUCUCUCCACCACGUCUUCAUGGUGACCUUGUUGAGUGUUCAGGUUGUGCCUGUCUAUCAAAGUCACGUGUUUUAACCAGGGGGUCCCGUGUCUAUGUGCAGGCAUGUGCGUGUCCCUCCGAUAUCUGAUUGUGCUUUAUUACUGCACAUGAAUUACUCUUUUGUGGAACUUGAUUAGACUGAGUAGAUUUUGUAUACAUUUGUACACUAAUACUAUUUACUGUAUAAAAGAGAAAAUGAACGGAAAAAAAUGGUGUUUAUAAUAUGGUGUUGAUUAUUGUGCAAAUAUAUAUUCACAAUAAAUGUGUUGUAUUGUUA